CCGCGCCGGCAGGACUCACGCGACCGCGACCCGCGACUCGCGAUCGCGAUGUGCACGUGAGCAUGGAGACGACGUCAGUCGACCCGGCGCCGCACCGGUCGCCGACGCCGGAGUUGCACGCGACGUACACCUCGCUGGAGAUACUCGUCGCCCUAGUCGCUGUCGUCGGAAACACCAUGGUCAUACACGUCUUCCGACGAGACCGACGACUUAGACGACGAACGAACUACUAUAUCGUCUCGCUGGCGAUCGCUGAUUUGCUCGUCGGAGUGCUAGGGAUCCCUUUCGCGAUUCUGGCGUCGGUGGGACUUCCGAGGAACCUGUAUGCUUGUUUGUUCACGACUUCAGUGCUGGUUAUGUUGUGUACCAUCAGCAUCUUCUGUCUGGUGGCCGUGUCGGUGGACAGGUACUGGGCGAUCCUCCAUCCCAUGUACUACUCGAGGAAUGUGAGAACGAAGACGGCGAUAUUGAUAAUCUCAGCGUGCUGGGCGGCGGGAGCUGUGGUGGGCCUGCUGCCCCUGUUCGGCUGGCACGCCGCGGUCGACGACUCCCCCGGCUGCUACUUCGUCGAAGUCAUGGACUACAACUACCUGCUGUUCCUCUACUUCGCCACCAUCGUCACACCAAGCGUGCUGCUGGCGGGAUUCUACGCGCACAUCUACAGGGUCGUUGUUAAGCAGAUGAGCGCUGUGGUGACCGUGGAAGGCGGACAAGGCAGAGAAGGCACCAUGCUUCGAGUCCUCGGGGCGGCGCAGAAGAGAGAAGUCAAGGCCACGCAGAACCUAGCCAUCAUCGUAUUCUUCUUCAUAAUCUGCUGGAUCCCCCUCUACACGAUCAACGCGAUCAAGGCCUUCAUGCCCACUCUGGACAUUCCCAAUACCCUAACCUAUUUCUGCAUUAUAUUCUCCCAUCUGAAUUCCGCAAUCAACCCGCUGUUAUACGCAUAUCACCUGAAAGACUUCCGCGCUGCGCUCAAGGGUUUGAUCUGCGUGAUACUCGGGAGAGGAGUGCCGAUUCCGGCGGCCUACAGGCCGCCCGUGCCGAUUCGGCGGCCAGCUUUAGAGCGAUGCAACGCUCUUAGAGAGAGACCAAAGAUAUACGUGGACUCGCCGGUCUGGAGGCGGCAGAAGGAGGCCGAGGUCAACACGGAGGAGAGGAGCACCGGGGCCGCUCCGGGCCACGACUGCGAGCCUUUCCUUAACGCGGCGAGGGACAGCUCCAGCGGCCGGUACACUCCCGAAGCCCACGAGGGGAGCAAUGGGCCGUACCUCAUCGAGUCCAACCUGCCCUGCCAGAGCCCGUACAAGAAGGUGGAGGAGUUCAUCCGGCGAGUUCGCAGCGUCAGCGCCGAGCCCAGCUGACACGACGACGGCCGCGCCACGGCGAACAGUGUUCCAUGACUUUAAAGCUUUAAUUUAUUAUAUAGUUAGAUUAAGCAUUGAUGUUUCGAUGUGAAUAUUUUUAGAUGUGCAAUUUUAGGAUGAAUAUUGUGUGUAUAAUAGUCAAUGUAUGUAAGGCGCUGCUGCUCGGACCUCACAUUUUUCUUCAAAGUUCCGAACCAUUAAAAUAACAUCUAAAAUGAUUAUAAUACUCUGACUUGUAACUUGUAAGUGUACCAUAUACCAUCAUGUGAGAGAAAUUGAAUCAUACUAGCAACAUAACUAAGCAGCUUAUUAUGGCGGAACUAAGUUUUAUAAGUAGUAAAAUUUUUGUCGGCUACGUUUUUAGGCGUGAUUUGUUAGGAUUGAGAGAACCCAACCAAAUUACGUAGGCAGCUAGUUAUAAUGCUGCCUUUGAAUCAAUUUCCCUGAUAGUAAACAGUUCCUAUUAAUUAAAAUGAAACAGUGUAUUAUGGUGUAUUGAUUCAAAAGUGUAAUCAUGCUUCCAAACAACAUGAUUUUUUUUUAUCCAAGCCGUCAAAGAGCAACUAAGGUCCAAGGACGUGGUGUGGUGUAAGCAUUGCGUUUUGAGAUUAUCUGCUUAAAUAAAUGCUUUAUAAAUGUUA